GGCUCUGAGUGUUUGCAGAGAAGGGUGGAGUGAACUUGGCCAGUCAGUGUACACUUUUCUGCUUCAGUUAUUAGCUUGGCUUCCAGCAAAGCCAUGCCUCAGCAUCUUCGAGAAGAACCCGUGACGACUUCAUCACAUCUGUUGUAAAAUAUUGUAAAACAUCUCGUUUUCAGUUCCCUGUCAGAGAUGGGCGAGAUCAGUGAAGCGUCCUUGCUGGAUUAUAUCUGUUCCUCUGGAGGAAAAGUCAAAAAUUCUGAUCUGGCCAAAACAUAUAAGCAGUUUAUAAACCAUAGCGAUUUGCAACUACGUGCCAAAUACAGAGAAGAGUUCAAACUCAUCAUUGAUAGAAUUGCAGUGGUGAAAGCUGAGAAUGGAGAGAAAUAUCUUGUCCUCAAGAAGAAGUAUAGACCGCAAAUGCAAGAGCAAGAGUCUGGUGCUGGAAAGGAAGGACAAUCAGUCAAGCAGUUUCAUCCAAACACACAAAAUGAUCUCCAGGUCGCCAAUCCAGUGCAGAACUGUAACCCAACAGAUCAGAAACCAGCACUGGUGGCCUGGUGCUCAGGACCCAUGAUUACAGUCACAGAGGCAACAGAACCAACCUAUACAGAUAAUCAGGCAGACAGCACCCCCUCACCGCCAGCAGCAGAGGAGAAACCGGAGGAGCUUUCAGCCUCAGACAGAGAAGAUGAACUCGACAAGGAUUCAGGGUCAAAGAGUGAAUCCGAGCAGGAUGAGGAGUGUGGAGGCAGCUUGGGAUCCGUCGCUGUGGCUCUGGAUCCUCUUGAGAAAGAGUGGAUCUUCUCGGCAGCAAGUGGCAAACUUUCUCACCUCACUCAGCUCCUGAAACAAGACUCUUCCCUGGCCAAUAAAAAGGACUUCACCUCAUUUACAGCGCUGCACUGGGCUGCCAAACACGGUAAACAAGAUAUGACCACAAUGUUGGCAGAAGCAGGGGCUGACGUCAAUACAAAAGCAUAUGGGGGAUACACACCUUUACACAUUGCACCAAUGAAAUAUCGUAAGAGCGAAGGAAAAUUUGCUUAA